AUGACUUCCAAAUAUGCGGAGUACCGUACUAAGCACCAAACUCUGGCCGACUUCCUCAACCAGGAUGGUGAAUUUCAGUCGCUUCGUGAUGGGCUUAAACAGAAAGAUGAUGAGUUGAUGAAGAAAGAUGAAGAGCUAAGGGAGAGGGGUGAUGAGCUAAUGAGAGCCAUCGGUAGGUGCAACGAGCUUGAGGCAACUCUAAAAGCCAAGGAGGACGAGCUCGAGGUGAGCAAGGGGGUGAUGGCUGAGAACACUGACCUUCAAAUGCAGGUGGCAUCCUUAACUGCCAAACUCGGGCAAAGGGAGGAGAAGGCUGUCGAUCUAAGGGGUGAGUUGAGCGCCAAGGUCGAAGAAUUGAAUCGUGCCGAGAAAGGAAGAAUGGCCGCUAUGGCUGAAGUGGCGGCCUUAGAAGAUGCCCUCCGCGUUUGUAGGUCCGAGCGGGAUAAUGAGGUAGAGACAUCGGCGCUUAAGGUGGCGAGGUUAGAAGAGCGGAUGCAGGGUCUGGAGGCAGAGUUGUCUGGAUUGAACGAGCAGGCCGUUGUCUUGAAGGAUGAGGAGGUACGACGGCAGUCACAGUCGUCUAAGUCUCAUACUUCUGCUAAUCCCGGUGUGCCGCGGGAGUUGUAUGAGAUGUGGGUUCACGCCGAGGCUCAACUUGACGUGUAUAAGUCUUUGAAGGCCAUCGGUAAAAUUUCCGAAAAAGAACUCGAGGGCGUCCGUGUCAAGGCACGUGCGGCCUGUGAAGCUUAUGGUUACGCCCCUGGUACGCCUGGUGGGGAUGAGGUUGACAACGAUGCGGAUAGGCUCGCCUCCAACUCUUGGUAUGAUGACGAGUACGCCGAUGGGGGUGAUGUGGCGUAA